GACACACUCCUGACACCGUGCGACAAAUCGGGAAGGAAUAUAAACUGGCCAAAAGCAUAACAUCAUGAAUUUUCUCCAAUUGAAAAUUGACCAUGUACAUACACAAGGUCCAUCCAUCAAAAAAGCUAACACAAGAUUGUGAGUAGAUGAGAACGUGAACUUGUACAGUUCACCAACUCUUUUAUCUUUAAUCCCCUCCCCCAUCUACCUGUAAAAUUCGUACCCAAUAUUCUACAUAUACAUACAGUAUAUAUAUAUAUAUAUAUAUAUAUACCAUCAUAUAGAAGAAAAAGAAGAAGAAGAAGAAGAAGAGGUGAGCAAUUUCACCAGAGAAAGAAUGGAGAAACCUACAGUUUGUGUUCUUGAUGCUUCAACCUAUGUGGGUUUUUGGAUUCUCAAAGGAUUGUUAUCCAGAGGCUAUACAGUUCAUGCAGCUAUUCAAAAGAAUGUAGAGAAUGAGAUGGUGAAGAAAAUAAGGGAUAUGCAGAGAUCAGAGAAUAGAUUAGUGGUGUUUACUGUGGAUGUGUUGGAUUACCAAAGCAUUCUUGAAACUUUGAAGGGCUGUUGUGGCUUGUUCUGCUGUUUGGAUACUUCUGAUAAAUAUGAUGAUGAAGUGGUGGAUUUUGAGACAAGAGGAGCAAUUAAUGUGGUGGAGGCAUGCGCACAAACAGAGAGUAUAAAGAAGAUUGUUUUCAGUUCUUCUUUAACUACAGCAAUUUGGAAGGACAAUAUUUCCUCUGAGAAGGAUGUAGAUGAAAGGUCAUGGAGUAACAGAGAGUUCUGCAAAAAAUUGAAGUUGUGGUAUGCCUUGGCGAAGACACUGUCUGAGCAGGCUGCUUGGGCUCUAGCCAUGGACCGGAUGCUUAACAUGGUAUCUAUCAAUGCUGGACUCGUUCUUGGACCUGGUGUUGCCCAACAAAAUCCACAAGUGACAAUGUCAUAUCUUCAAGGGGCGGCUCAGAUGUAUGAGAACGGAGUCCUAGCAUUCGUUGAUGUGAACUUUCUAGCUGAUGUUCAUAUCCGAGCUUUUGAGCAACAGUCCACUUGUGGCCGAUACUUCUGCUUCAACCAGAUUGUGAAUACUGAAGAAGAGACUGCAAAACUUGCACAAAGCUUGAGCCCUUUGAUAUCCUUACCACCUAGGUACGAAUGCCAAGGGGGCGAGGUACAUGUUGACAGACUAAGAAACAAGAAACUAAACAAGCUGGUUGAAGGCACUGCGUAUUAGCAUUGGCUACGUCUUUAUAUGUGUAUUUUUCUUUUUUCUUUUUCUUUUUCGAUUGUCAUUCAAUUCGAGCAUGCCAAUGUCUAGCUGAGAUUUGGGAAGCUUGGAUCACCCAUUCUCUGGUUUGAGAGGGUGGGAAUUAUCAAUAUUGAUAUGAAACAUAAGUGCAGUUUCUUUGAUUGAA